ACAGGUUUCUGCGAGGGACACCCGUUUUAGGUUAACCAGAGACCAUUGGACUAUUCUGCAGUGAUCCCUCCCCCCGCAGGAGGACCUUUAAAUGACCUAGGAGCCAGCUCAAGAUGGCGGGAGGGGACCUGGGCAGCGCCUUGAACGACGUCAGUGGUGCCGGACAGCGCAAGCAGGGAAUCUCUAUCACGACUUUUGUAGCUUCCUUGGCCACUGGUAUUAUCGUCUUCGCGAUAGAGUUCCUGCUCUUCUUGUUCCUCAAGGGGAAGCUGACCCGUAUCUAUCAACCACGAACGUACCUGGUUCCGGAUCGAGAGCGGACGCGGCCUUCACCCCCAGGCCUGGUACGAUGGAUAGCCCCCGUGUUUGGCACAAGCAAUUCGGAGUUUAUCCAAAAAUGCGGCCUGGACGCUUUCUUCUUCCUGCGCUAUCUCCGCAUGCUGCUCAAGAUAUUCGUGCCGCUGGCCAUUCUGCUGCUCCCCAUCCUGAUACCAUUGAACAAGGUUGGCGGGAGAGAUCAGAACCUUGAGAAUCCCAACUCCGUGAACAGUACCCGGUGGAAUGUCACCGGGCUGGAUCAGCUGGCAUGGGGUAACGUCGACCCGCAUCAUACACACCGAUAUUGGGCUCAUCUCGUCCUGGCCGUUAUCGUCGUGAUCUACGUGUGCGCGGUCUUCUUCGACGAAAUGCGUGGCUAUAUACGUCUACGACAGGCCUAUUUGACAUCCCCCCAACAUCGUCUGCGAGCGUCGGCAACGACUGUCUUGGUCACUGCCAUACCACAACGUUGGCUGUCAGUAGAGAUGCUGGACUCGUUAUUUGAUGUUUUCCCCGGUGGGAUUCGUAACAUCUGGAUCAACCGGAACUUCGACGAACUGAGCGAGAAGGUUAAAUUGCGAAACCAACUUGCCUUGGCGUUGGAGGAUGCGGAGACCGCAUUGAUCAAGAAAUGCAAAAAAGCUCAGAUCAAGAUGGCCAAGGUGGAAGCAAAGAAGGCAGGAAAGAGUGUCAAGGAGGUGGCAAAUCGGGAGCAAGAGGCAGCUAAUCGACGAGCUUCUCAUCUGGCAAUGGAUGCUGGCGUGAGCUCGGGCAAUCCGCAUCAGGUAGCCCACACCAUCGACGAUGCGCUGGCGGGCGAAUCGACCUCGCGCCUCGCCACAGGAGACUCGCGACAAAAGCGUGGUUUCAUGCCUGUUGUAGGAAAUGGUUUUGAUGCAGUCGGCCACGGUGUCGGGAAAGUUGGCCAGGCGGUCUUUGGUGAAGCGAGGAAGGUCGAGGGAGGGCUGGAUGAGAAACUAGCGAGAAUGAAUGGGUUUGUUCCCGAUAUAACGACAGGACCGGACGAGGAAACCCAGGACGAUGCGAUUGGCGAUGGCGUAGGACCCGGCUAUCAUUUCCAUCGAACCCCCAGCGCUGAACGUCGUGCGGCGACUGCCAGCAACAGCGCAGCAGAACGCCAGCCGUUCGAUGCAGACAAGCCUCACGAGUCUGAGAGGCAGAGGUCAUACUCGGACGGUGGAAGGCCGUUUUGGAAGCGGAACUCAUCCAACACCUCCAAGCGCAGCGCUAAAACGGCACCAGACCCUCACGGGGACGAGCAGCCUUUGACGGCCCCUGAAUCCCCGAGAAGCACCAUGGACUCGGAGAGAAAACGGGAAUCGCGGGAGAUGCAGCAGGAGAUAAAGACGGCCGCUGACGGUAACGCGAGGGAGGGAGAUCAAGUGGAAGGACAGGAGUAUCCAAUUGCGUACAACGAAGAAUUUGAGGACGGUGACUAUGGGGAGCCGUUGUGGAAGAAGUAUAUCAAGGAAAAAGAUCGGGAGACGAUGCGGUUGCCCAUCUUCGGUCUUAGUUGGAUGCCCUCGCUGCCUCUGGUGGGAAAGAAAGUCGACACGAUAAAUUACUGCCGGAAAGAGGUCGCACGCCUGAACCUGGAAAUCGAAAUGGACCAGCAGGAGCCGGAGAAGUUCCCGUUGAUGAAUUCGGCCUUCAUCCAGUUUAAUCAUCAAGUCGCUGCUCACAUGGCCUGUCAAGCCGUCAGUCACCACAUUCCGAAGCAAAUGGCGCCUCGUAUCGUCGAGAUUUCACCUGACGAUGUCAUCUGGGAUAACAUGUCAAUCAAGUGGUGGGAGCGGUAUCUGCGGACGUUUGGUGUAAUUAUCAUCGUCUGCGCGAUGGUUGUCGGAUGGGCGUUCCCGGUUGCGUUUACUGGUCUGCUAUCUCAACUCGCAUAUCUCGAAGGGCGAGUCCCCUGGCUCGCUUGGCUCAGCAAGCUCCCGAACUGGUUUCUCUCUGCUAUCCAGGGUAUUCUGCCUCCUCUUUUCCUUGCCAUCCUUAUGGCUAUACUCCCCAUCAUGCUGCGGUUCCUUUCAAAGACACAAGGAGUCCACACAGGCAUGGCUGUUGAACUGACUGUCCAGAAUUAUUACUUUGCCUUUCUCUUUGUGCAACUGUUCUUGGUCGUAGCUGUCGCAUCCAGUUUUUCGACCAUCUUUAAUUCCCUGACAGACAUUACUAGCUGGCCAAAUCUCCUGGCCGAGAAUAUCCCCAAGUCCAGCAACUAUUUCUUUUCUUACAUGAUUCUGCAAGCCUUGUCCGUUAGUGCUGGUGCACUGGUACAGAUCUGGAAUCUGAUCAGUUGGUUCAUCUUGGCACCCAUACUGGAUAACACGGCCAGGAUGAAAUGGGCUCGGACGACGAACUUAAACCAGAUGCAAUGGGGCACUUUCUUCCCUGUCUACACGACCCUUGCUUCCAUCGGUUUGAUCUAUUGCGUUAUUGCACCCCUCAUCCUGGUGUUCAACGUAAUCACCUUCAGCCUGUUCUGGUUCGUGUAUAGAUAUAACACCCUCUAUGUGACCAAGUUCCGUUUCGAUACUGGUGGUCUGCUUUUCCCCAAAGCCAUCAAUCAGCUCUUUACCGGUAUCUACGUCAUGGAGCUUUCCUUGAUUGGCAUGUUCUUCUUGGUCCGGGACGCGAACGGUGACGUUGCUUGCGAUGGUCAAGCCAUUUGCAUGAUUGUCGUCAUGGUUCUCACUGUCGGCUUCCAGUAUCUCUUUAACGAAGCCUUUCAUCCUCUUAUUCGCUAUCUUCCCAUCACCCUGGAAGAUGACGCCGUCCGCCGAGACGAAGAAUUUGCUAGGGCACAGAGGAUCAGGCUCGGCAUGCCCGCUGAUGACGAUGAAGAUGAGCAGCGUGAAAGCAUAGAGCAUGAACUGGCAGACCGCGAGCGAGCAGAGCGCGAAGAGAACGAACGAGCACAAGAGAUCGAGAUGAAAGAGAUCGAGGCAGAGAAGCAAAAACGGAAGCAUAAUCGUGGAAGCUCGAUUGCCAAGACGGUGGACAAGACAAUCGACAAGCUAGGUGAUGCCACCAAGUUCAUCCAUCGUCAAACAUGGGCAGAUCGAACGAACAAUCGCAACCGACGCUCGAAAUACUUUGCCGCGAAUUCAGACACCACAAUGCCUACAAUUCGGCGUAUGCGUGAAAAGUUAGCUGAAGACCAGGAAGCCCAAGCUCCCCCAACCAACAGGAUUGGCCAGGCGCUGUUCUCUGGCAUUCACGACGAGCUGGAGGAUCUGACUCCCGACGAGCGUGAUCAGUUGGUACAGCGCGCGUUCCAACACGAGGCUUUGCGGGCCAAACGCCCUGUCAUUUGGAUUCCCCGGGAUGAUCUUGGUGUCAGCGACGACGAGAUCUACCGUACGCAGCGAUUCAGCAAGCACAUCUGGAUCAGUAACGAAUACCAAGCCCUGGACGGAAAGGGCCGCACAAUAUUCAGUCGUAGCCCCCCGGACUUUUCGGAGGUCGAUCUUAUUCAACUAUAAGUAUGGCCGGAGAAGAUGUCCGAUUUCUUUCACAAUCAUCCCUAGUGGUCCAGGUCAUGGCCGCUGUUUGGGGAUUUGUUUGCAUCAUGAUGAUCGAAAGGAAGCAUCUCAUGCAUCAGCCGGCGUUUUCAGAUACCAUUCAUUGCAUUGGAUGUCCAUACCUAGCGGUUCGCUUUACCUACACGAUUCUGUCCUCGCUCUCAACC